AUGAAUUCUCCCAAGCCUUAUGACCCAACUGGGAUUCAAUACUAUUCCAUUCCCUCAUUCCUUUUCAACACCGGUCGCAGUCUUCCUGUCCGCGUCGCUUAUCGCUCUUUUAAUUCGACCCUUCCGAGAGCGGUUUGCGUCCCGACGUCUGAGCAUAGUCACAUCAAUACCACCAACAACUUUACUUCUGGCGCAUUGAAAGAUUACCAUGUGGUAGUCGUCGCGAUGCUCGGCAACGGAGAAUCUUCUAGUCCAUCCAACACCGUCACCUUUCCACAACCGCUCUACCAGGACUGCGUAAACGCAUCCCACGAACUUUUCACCAAGCACCUCAAUAUCAACGAGCUGGAAGCUGUCAUAGGGUUUGGCAUGGGUGGACAGCAAGCUUAUUAUUGGAUGUGUAUGCGUCCUGACUUUGUCAAGAGCGCUGUGGUGAUCUGCGGUUCUGCACGGACAAGUCCUUUCAACUACACGUUGCUUGAUGGGACCGCCGCUGCGCUGAGGAGCAGUGCUGGCUAUUCAAUAGAAAAGGCUAGACAGCAAGGUAUAGAGCUAACAGCGGGACUACAUGGCUACGGAAAGGUGACUUGUGCGUGGUCGACGAGUUCUGCCUGGUUUAAGAAGGAGUUAUUUAGAACUGUGCUGGGGCUUGAAACCAUUUCCGAGUUCAUCGAGAUGUAUGACAGCGCGUUCAAAGGUUGGAAUGCCGCAGAUCUUUUAGCACUAGUGAAGAUGUGGCAGCUCGGGGAUGUAGGAGCGUUGAGAGACGACGGGAGUUAUGUAAAGGCUCUAGAGGAUAUUACAGGAAGGGUAUUGGUAAUAGCCUCGAGAAGGGAUUACUAUUUUUCGCCUGAAGAAUCUGCGAUUGAGCUAAACUAUCUCAAACUGGGGACACUUGAGAUACUGGAGACAAUUUGGGGCCACGCGGCUGGCACUGGUGCUUGCAAAGAAGACAGUGAACAGAUUGACAGGAUGAUUGCUACUUUUCUAGGAUAUAAUUAA